AUAUGGAAGCAUUAACACAGAAAAUGUUUUGCUUCAUGUUCCAACAUGCAGCCUCUACAUAACUAAAACAAAGGGCUGAAACUGGCUUAGAAGAGGAAUAUAUGAACAUGCUCUCCAGCUCUUAGAGGGGACAACUGUCUGAUGACAGAGUUCCUCAGUGUAGCAGACAAUCAAAACACCACUUUGGUGGCCCAAAUCGGACAUGGGCCAAAUUCAAGUUCACAUUUCAAAGUGAAAGUAAUUAUACAUUCCUGAAAAUUAGAAUUCUGAUUUUUAGGCUAUAGUUUGAAAACACUGCCCUGACAGAAGAAAAAGAUUUUGAGAUUACAGAGGCCCCAAUUAAAGAAUGUGGCGCAAAGCCUCUGCUUUUCCAGCAGAGACAAACAUCCCUGCAAAAAAAUUCUAUUGCCAAAAAAUUUCCUGGUCUAUUUAACCACAGACUCAGGCAGCUGAAAUUGUGCAAUCUUUUCAGGCAGAACUAGAGAGCUCUAAUGGAUAAAUAACUGUCCUUCAUAGAUAAAAAUAAAACAACUUGGAGGCUGUUUAUUCUAAAUACAUGCCAUAUACCUGCUUGGAUUGUGUUUUAAAAAAACACAGCCACUUCUGUGUAAAUAUUAACUGUAGGCCUGUCUCAAUCAAUCAAAGAAAGCAUGUUUUUAUAAGAUGUUACUUUAAAAGGAAGAAAUAGGAGGAGCACCAAUUUAUGAUAGAAAGAUUUAGGUUGUUUUUAUGAUUUGUUUGGAUCACUAUGGGUACAGAGCAUGCAACAUGAUGCAACUCUCCUGCUUUACUAUUGGCCUUGUCAUUCAUGGAAAAAAAAACCAAAACCCAAGUUAGUGCUCUUGCAUUGAUUAACUCUUUUGCUCUGCCCCGAAUAUUUUCUGCAUGUUUACUGGUUUUGGUAGAUAUUGUGCUGGAUAUCAUACUGGCUAUUCAAAAGUUCCUCAUAGACAGGGCAACAUAUUGUUUCAGAAGACAAAGCUGGAUAUAUUGGCAGUCCUGGCUGACUGGGGAAGUUCCACUGGACUGGAGGCUGGCUGAUGUUAUACCCAUCUUCAAGAAGGGUCGGAGGGAGGAUCCAGCAAACUACAGGCCUGUCAGUCUGACCUCAGUGCUGGGGAAAGUCAUGGAACAGGUACUGAUAGUUGAAGAUGCCAGCCCCCUGGCGAAUAUGCUGCAAUAAAAAAUCCAAAACUAAACAUGGAAAAGCUGAAGUGGACGAUACGGAAGACACAAGUGAAAAAAUGCAGAUGAAAAAAGAAAUCACUUUACUAAAUGGAGUUUCUUUAAUUGUAGGAAAUAUGAUUGGCUCUGGGAUAUUUGUGUCACCCAGAGGUGUUUUAAUGUACAGUGCUUCCUAUGGACUCUCUCUAGUCCUCUGGGCACUUGGUGGGAUGUUUUCGCUGUUCGGAGCUUUGUGCUACGCUGAAUUGGGAACGUCCAUCGUUAAAUCUGGAGCUAGUUAUGCCUACAUCCUGGAAGCAUUUGGUGCCUUUGUGGCCUUCAUCAGACUGUGGUCUUCCUUGCUAAUUAUCGAACCAACAACGCAAGCAGUGAUAGCAAUCACAUUUGCUAACUAUAUUGUUCAACCAAUUUUUCCUCAUUGUGAGCCACCCUAUGAUGCAGUCAGGUUGAUCGCAGCUGCCUGUAUUUGUUCCUUAACAUUUAUUAAUUGUGUCAACGUGAAGUGGGGAACCCGUGUACAAGACAUUUUCACAUAUGCAAAAGUUAUGGCUCUUAUCUUGGUUAUAUCUGUUGGCCUUUACAAAAUCGGUAAAGGAGAAACAGAAAACCUCAGAGCUCCAUUUGAGGGCUCAGCAACAGACCCAGGGAUGAUCGCACUGGCUCUCUACUCUGCCCUCUUUUCCUACUCAGGAUGGGACACACUCAAUUAUGUCACUGAGGAAAUGCAGAAUCCUGAAAGAAAUCUACCUCUUUCUAUUGCAAUUUCAAUGCCUAUUGUGACAGUUAUUUACUUGCUGACUAAUAUAGCGUACUAUGUAGUUUUGGACAUGUCAGCUCUCCUCACAAGUGAUGCUGUAGCUGUGACGUUUGGCGGUGAAACCCUUAGUCACGCUAAGUGGAUAAUUCCUGUAUCAGUGGCCAUGUCUUGCUAUAGUGGCUUAAACUCAUCAAUAAUUGCAGCAUCUAGGCUUUUUUAUGUUGGGGCUAGGGAAGGACACCUACCUGACAGUCUGAGCUUGAUUCAUGUAAAGCGCUUCACACCAGUCCCUGCUCUCCUCUUCAAUGGCUUAAUGACUUGUCUCUAUCUCCUUGUGGAAGAUGUUUUCCUCCUUAUUAAUUACUACUGCUUCAACUACUGGCUCUUUGUGGGUCUGUCUAUCGCAGGACUAAUAUAUAUGAGAUACACUCAGCCGCAUAGGCCACGGCCUAUUAAACUUAACCUCAUCUUCCCUAUAGUAUACUGCUUAUGUUCACUUUUCCUCAUCAUAGUUCCUCUCUACAGUGACACAAUCAAUUCCCUUAUUGGCAUUGGUAUUGCCCUCUCAGGCAUUCCUGCAUAUUAUGUGGGAGUCUAUCUGCCAGUUGAAAAACGACCUAAAUUUCUACAGUGGCUCUCUGCUAAAACAACAAAGUAUGUUCAGAUGCUUUUCUACUGUGCUCUGUCGGACCUGGACAUAGACAUGGAACCUACAGCAGCCAAGAAUAAAUAGAGUUGCCUUGACAUUGAGAGUUGUGCCUUGACAUUUCCUAUCUGGAGCAAUUUUUAUCUGACGUUCACCCCAUGUAUUCAGUUAUACUAAAACACUAACCAUUGCAUUAUUCAUCAGUUUGAUGUCUGUUAAUUUGUACUUAUUUUAUAAACCACUCGGUUCUACAGGAAUUUUUUUUAAAAAAUCUGUUUGUUAAUAAUGAGUAACGCUUUGAAACUGUAAAGCAGCGUAUGAACAUUUAUUAGAAAAUAAGUGCUAAACAUUAGAUUAAUUGCAAAAUUGUAAUAAAAAGCAUUACGUCUAGUCACAAUCCUAAGAAAUAGAUUGAUAAAUAUAACAAAAGACAGACCAGAUGUUUUCAAGUCUCAAAACCCAAGGUAGGAAGUAGAAGACAUGGUGUACUAUAACUAAAUUCUUAGCCAAAGUAAAAAAAAAUACAUAAUUCAAACUAGUGACAUGCCUUAAGUCAGUAUAGUAUUAAACUAUUUUAAUGAGUAAUUCUCAGCAUGCACAUUGUAUCAAAAGGGGAAAAACAAACAUUAAAGUCAUUUUAAUUCUAUCAGAAAUUCUCAUUUGACAGUAUCCCACAUUGAUCACCCUUUUGCAGAAGAGGUGUUUUCAACAAACAAAUUAUGCCAUUGUACCUGAAAUACUUUUUCUUUCCAGCAGAAAAACCUGCCAUGGAACAUUGUAAGGACCUGAGUCAUGUUCCAGCUAGUGUAUAUUCAGGGAAAAUACUUCACCUUCUCAUAGUGUCUCUUGUUUGCCCAGAAGUAUCAAAGUGUGACCUCUUGAAUCAUACUGAUUUUUUCAACAGUGAAACUUAUUUAAGGAAUUUGCAAGGAGAAAUUAAAAACUAUUGAUGCUUACACAACCCUUUGAGCCCCUGCCCAACCCUCCAGGCCUCACCAGUUCCUGCUGGCAAAGGUAACUUGCAGGUCCCCUACUGAGCACACAGAGAGCCUUCAGUGUUCACUGCCAGGUCUUCAAAUCACAUAGGUAGUGGUUGCACAACACUCAGCACAGGUGCAUGAACUGGACAAGUGGACACACCAGUAUUUGCCACGAAAGAAAACGGCAGUUAAGAACGGAUCAGUCUCUUGCACAUUAAGUUUUUCAGUAUGGCACAUGGGAAUGUGCAACUAGUUCUUAUUCUUAGUCUCCUGAAAUGGAAGAGGCAAUAACUGUUUGUAAAAAAACCCCAAAACAUUAGCCUUCCAACCCAGAUCAUAAAAACAGCUGCUCCAGCCACAAUAUUUUUCACUGAUAUAUGGUACUGAUUAUUAUCCUCUUUGGUAACUCAUACUUCCUUUCUGUAAGUAUAUCUUAAUAUAACAUACAUUGUUUCUAAUUCGAGUUUCAUCUUUUCUAUUCAAUUAAUGCCAAUUAAGGUGAUUUUAUCUUGUGUAGGUCCCUGUAACUUCUAGCAUUAUUGUCUUUUUUUGAUGUCGGCCCACAGAAAGAGAAAUGGAAUAGAGAAGAAGGCAAUUGUUGCUACUUAGACUUCUCUUCAUUCCCUCUCCACAUUGUAAGGUCAUUUGCAGGACUGUAAUUUAAUGCAUCUCCAAAAUAGUGGUUGCUGACAGGGGUCCUGUGAAACCUCCCAUUUACAUUUCAAUGUCAUCUACCGUGGCACUUUCCUUUCAGUGGGGUUUUCUUUUGGUACAAAGUAUGAACAAUAAAAGUGCACUAAAUUAAGGUAAAUGUGAAGAUAUUAAAGGUGCGUUUUUUUCUUUUUGGAAGCCACAGCUUUUGAGCACUAAAAUCAUUUAAGUAUUGCAAUCGCAAAGCAUGAAGAGGAAAGAAGACCUAAGGUGUAGUCUAGCUCGCUCAGCUCAGAACACACCCAUGUAUUCUUCACACACAAAACACAUACCUCUGUUACAGUAUAGCCCCAUUUUGAUCCUGCUCAACAAUUGUAUGGAAAAGACAUGGAAACACCAUGUCUUACAAAGCACUGAUUAACGACAGAGCUGUGGUCACAGACUGUAUCAGGGCACAAAAAGAAUACAAAUUCUACAAAUCAUUGCCAAACUAAACGUGAUAGUCUUUGCCUUUGCAGAGUUCAAAGUGAUGCUUGGCACCAAGCUGUGUCACAUCAAGACAGCAGUGUACCAUUCUCUGAAGUUUUUCCUUACUGUACCAAAGUUUCUAAGAGGUUUGAGACACCUGAGGUGGCAUCUCAGGUAGUAACAGACAGCAGGCACUGCAGGUAGUGUAAUAAAGGCCACGGCCUAAGACCAUUCCCAUAGAGAACUCUGAGCUGAGAAACUUUUUCUUUUUCUCUUGUUUUCUUCUUUUUUUUUUUUUCGCCAAAAUCUGUUUUUGCAUGAAUUUAUUAACUUUCUGGGUAUGACACAGAAGCCUUUUUUUUUCUUUCUUUCUGGACAGAAGGAAAGCAAUAGUCAGAUGCAAGGUCAUAAAUGUGAAUAAUGUUAUCGAAACUCUCUGUGGAGAUCGGAAUCUCAGAAAUGUUAAUGUGUUUGUUGAUGUUUCACUCCUGAUAAAUAAUACAUUUAAGUUAUUGUCAAAUAUCCAAAGCAGGCUACAGAUGCUAAAGUCUUUAAAUAAAGAUUUGAUCCUUGGCAAAUGCUGUAGUUAUGAGGGUUUAAAGCAUAAAAGUAGUAUUGUGAAUGAAAUUUGCUCUGCCUCACAUGUUGCAAGUUGAUUUCCCAGGAAAGCAAUAAGACUGACAGUUAUUUGUGUUCUCCAUAACACAACGAAAUUAGUAUUUAUGGAAAGAUAAAUUAUUAGGAGGCUGACAUCUCUGUGGUGGAAGGGACUAAGGUACAGAUAACACUGGAAGACUAUGGAAGAUGUAGCCUGUGGAGGUGCGGGCUGCGCUGCGGUGUGUAACAGGUGCCUGACAGGCUGCACUGACAGGAAACCCUGAAGAAAAGCCCACACCCAUAGCUGAGGGAGGGUCUUCCGGGGGUAAACAUUGGGGCAAUACAGUUCUUGGGAGUAGUUCUAGCUCUUCUUUAGGAAUCAAGAAAACACAAGGUUCUUGCUUUUUGUGAAGAACCACAGUUCUUUGAACAAAAAACGGAAAAGGGAAUUUAUAUCAGAUUCCAAUUCUGUGUCAGAAAAGGAAAACAGCAGUUGGCGUUGAUAGAGAAAAGAUAAUCAACCACAGAAACUCUGAAGAUGUCUGGGCUUUCCAUGAGCCUGAAGAGCUGUAAGGGCUGCUCUGUGCUUCCUGUCUGCAGAGGGGAAGAAAUGCCUUCACAAACAAGGUAGCAUGAAGAUAUUGAAGCUUGAGACAACCUGAGAGAUGCACGCCCUGACACUGGGCCAGAUCACAGCUCUGUUACAGGAUGGAGUGCCUGUGGCGUAUGUGUGACUUGACACUGAAGAAGUUUCCUAAAUAUCUUCUCUUGAAUUGUACCGUCAUUGUGUAACAGGAACUUUAGAAAUGUUAUUGCACAAUCUUUGAAUCUAUAGUACUAGAUCUGUCAAGUCCCUAUUCUCCAGCUGAUAAGCUAUCAGGAUUUGUAAAUCUUCCCACUUUUUUUCUGCAGGAUUGUUUUUUGAUUUAUGAGAAGUUACAGC